CAGAACGUAUUAAAAAACCAUUCUAUUUUACAAUUGUUAAAUGGGUUAUAGACUCAUGGAAUGAUGUUGAUACUAUUUUAAUUUGCAAAUCAUUCAAAUGUUGUGAAAUAUCAGUAGCUAGAGAUGGAAAUGAAGUAGAAAUUAGUAAGUCAGAUAAUGAACUUGAAAAUAAUUUGCCAUUAGAAGAUUUAGAGUUUAAUGGAUAUGAUGAAAAACUAUCAAAUUAUGAAAAUGUUUGGAAUUAG